GUCCAUAAUAAUUCAAUAUUGUUUAUCUAUCGUAGGACAACUCUGUUUAAUGUACAGUGUAACAGUGUAUUUUUUUUGAAUUCGUAAAAAAAUUGUUCACAACGAAGAAUGUAUAAAUUGCCGUCGAAGUCUUCCCACAAACAAUGGAUUAUUUUGGGAUCGGAACUUUCUCCAUUUACUUUAAAAGUUUUGAACUACUUCAGUUUUUUGGAGAUACCUCAUCAAUUCUAUUAUUCUCAGGGAUCAUUUUUUGAAAACAUAAAAAUUCAGAUAAAAAAAAUGGCUCUGGUUUAUGGAAAAGUUUCACUCACUUGGCCAAAAAUGGGAGAAAAAGACGAAUUUCCAUUAGUACCUUUUGUAUUCGGUCCUAAUGGCGAAGCUUUAUAUGAUUCGACGGCUAUUGCUGAUUGGCUAGAGAAUUUUUCAGGGUUGUUUUUGUCUAAAACACUUUUUCCAGCCAAGGGUAAGAAUGCUAAAUUAGAUUUUAUUCAGCAUUUAAUUGAAGAGUUCUUUGAUGAUUGGGGCUUAUAUAUCGUUCAUCAUAAUCGUUGGAAAGUAGCUUGUUUAGAUAAUAAUGCUGGUGAACGCUUAGGACGGGAAUUAAAAAGCGUAAUUGGACCUUUUGGAUUUGUAGUUGAUUCAUAUUUUAGCAGUCGACAAACAAGACGCUUACCUUACCUUUUUAGUGUUGCACCUGAAGGAUUUCAAAUUGAAGGCGCUAAGCUACAGCCACCAUCUCAUGAAGACUUUCCACCAACUCAUGAACUUCUCGAAAAAAGUUUUGGCCGAAUAUUGAAAAUAUUAGAAAAGAUAUUUACUAGUCGACCAUUUCUCUUUGGGGAAUGUUAUACAUUAGCCGAUUCUAGUAUUUAUGGGCAACUGGGUAUGAAUUUAUCAGAUGUAUCAGCUGCCAACUGGAUUGCAAAAGACGCUCCUCAUACUUAUGAAUGGUUGCAGCAUUUAGCCAAUCUUGAUUUUACUUAUCAUCAGGAAAGUGUAGAGCCACAAUACUUCAAUGAUUUGGCACCACUAUUAGAAGAAAUUUCACGUGUAUAUCUGCCUCUUAUGGAUCAAAAUGAAAAGGCUUAUUCGAAAUUCUAUGAAAGUGGUCAGCGUCUAUUUAAUGAAAAAGCAUUUUGGAAAAAUGAGGCAAUCUAUGAAGGAUCAAUAGAUGGAAUACCUUUCAAAUCGGUUACAAAAUCAUUUCAAGUCACUACUUGGCAAGUAAUUAAAGAAAAGUAUCAAGCAUUAUCAGCAGAAGAUAGAGAUGCAUUAGCAGCUGUCAUGUUGAAUGCCAAACUGUUGAUGUCGCCUAUUGUUUCAUAAAAAAUGAGCUCUUUCAUUCAUCAAAAAAGAUUUUUUGAUUAGAUAGCGAAAUUGAUUAUGAUUUGUUCAUAAAUAAAUAGUAGUGAAUAAGUA